AUGUCUCAACAAGUUGGUAAUAGUAUUAGAAGAAAGUUAGUUAUAGUAGGUGAUGGUGCCUGUGGUAAGACAUGUCUUUUGAUAGUUUUCUCCAAGGGCCAAUUCCCAGAAGUUUAUGUUCCCACAGUUUUUGAAAACUAUGUUGCAGACGUUGAAGUUGAUGGUAGACGUGUAGAAUUAGCUUUAUGGGAUACUGCAGGUCAAGAAGAUUAUGAUAGAUUGAGACCAUUAUCCUAUCCAGACUCUAACGUUGUUUUAAUUUGUUUCUCCAUUGAUUUACCAGAUUCUCUAGAAAAUGUUCAGGAAAAAUGGAUUGCCGAAGUCUUACAUUUCUGUCAAGGUGUUCCAAUUAUUCUUGUUGGCUGUAAAGUCGAUUUAAGAAAUGACCCACAAACCAUUGAAUUAUUAAGAGAGGAAGGUCAACAACCUGUCACCUCAGCUGACGGUCAAUCUGUUGCUGAUCAAAUCGGUGCCAGCGGUUAUUACGAGUGUUCUGCCAAGACAGGUUAUGGUGUCAGAGAAGUCUUCGAAGCUGCUACCAGGGCUUCUUUGAUGGGUAAAUCAAAGACCAACGGUAAGAAGAAGACCAGCACUGACAAAAAGAAGAAGAGGAAGUGUGUCUUAUUAUGA